UUAGUUUCAAAUAUGUUAAGUUAUAUUUGAGAUUUCUUAAUAAUAAUAAUAUUACUUAAUAAUAAUAUUAUAAUUAUGUUAAAAGAAUAUUAUAGUUUAUUCUUGUAAUUAUUUCCAUUUAUUUUUCAUGGUUUCAACAGUUUCACAUAUCAUAUUGUUAUCCAAUGAUCCAAUUUAUUCUCAACACACUUAUUACACAUUUAUUUUUUAUUUUAUUUUUUAUAAUAAUCAAUCUAGUAGACGAGUUAAUUAACAAAAACUCAGUAGUGGUGCAUGCAUGUCUCGUAACGUGAAUUAUAAAGGUGGAGGGAGAUGAGUGAAGUUUUUCAAAGUGAUAACAAUAUAACCUAACAUUAAAAAACGAAGUCAUAAUAAUGAUAAAAUUAGAUUCUAUUAAAAACGUCGCCAUGUAUAUUCAUUUACGUUCAUAUAAAUAGGCAUUAUCUCAACACUUUCUCAUUCUCUACAAUCACACAACCAAAACUCUUUAUCCUUCCAAGACACACCGAUUAAAGAAUUAACGUAUAUAAUGGCAAACGGCGGCGAUCUUACCGCCACAGGAGCAUCCAUCAAACAAGAGCCUCCGGUGGUUCCUCCUCCUCGUCGACGUGAAAUCCCCACCGCCAAUAUCCCUCCUCCAAGAUUCGCCGCACCAAAUAGAGUCAAUCUUACUGAAGAGAAUCAAUCUUUACUCAACUCAUUUCGCUCCUCCGCCGCCAUGACUCCUCAAGAAACAGACGCGUGCAUGCAGUCCUUGUUCAACGUAAUCACUAGCAACGAAGAAGACGGUGCGGCUCAGUUUAGAGAAGUGAUCUCAAGAUUAGACGAGGGAAACGAUCUUCGGAAGAUGGCCUCGUUGCUGACGUCAGAUCUCAAUCGUUUCUUGGAGAUGGCAAUAGACGAUAACGGCUCGAACCGCAUACAAGAGCUACUCGGAAUAAGAGACGACGUGGACACCUUCUUCUACAACGCUAUCUUGAGCCGCUUCAACCACAUCAUGACCGACUAUGAGGCGUCCCGCGUUGCGAUGCAAGGGAUGCGAGUUUUCAGCGAGGAGAAGAAGACAGGAAUGUGCAACUACGUUCGCCACCACGCGGUUCACCUGGCGUGUGACCGAUGCGGCUACGCCGUGCUGAAACAAAUCAUAAACGUCUGGUCCAGCUUGGGCCAUUUUGUCUACAGAGACCAGCUCUUGUACGUAGUCGCGCAGAACGCUCUAGACUUGAGCUACCAUGCUCGUGGGAACUACGUGGUCCAACACGUGCUUCAGCUGAAUGACUUGCGUUCCACGCGUAACGUUGCAGUUAGCCUUAGUGGCCAUUACUUUGGCCUCUCAUUUACGAAGUUUGGAAGCUACGUCGUGGAGAAGCUUUUGGAUACGGAGGAGGCGGCGGUUAUGGUGGUGGAAGAGUUUCUCCGGUGUGAAGGAGAGAGUUUGGUGGGGCUUGCGACGAGUGCUUACGGGAACUUCGUGGUGGUGAAGGCACUGAGGGUGAUGCGGGAGAGGAAUAGGAGGUAUCAGUUUUGGGGUUUGGUGAAUAAGCUCAGGCCCCACGUUCAUCUCUUGCGUGGACGCAACGUUGGUGCAUUCUUGUACUGGCUUCGUUAGAUUUGUCUCAAUGGCCUGCAGGUUCUUUUUUUUGAUCAAACAACAAUUCCAUUAACUUAAAGUCUCAACCUCCAUCAGCGGAGGAAAUACAAAGUAGAAAGGCACAACUUGCCAUAUUACAAACACAAGAAAACACAACACAUACAUGUGAAUCCUCAAAAAAUAAGAUAAGGGAUCAAAUAGCUAAUAAGAUCCAAUGAACAUCAGAAGACCAACUCUCUGAAAGAAGGCGACUGAGUUCAUGGCAGUCUGACUUGCAAACCAGCUGAGAAAUGCCCAAAAGGGCUAGACCCUCUGCAACAAAGGCAGUGAGGUCAUGAUACCGGGACAAUGAGCAACCAAGUCUUCGUGAGACCAAAUAAAUCUGAUGCAAUGUAAGGAAGCAAAUACUGUUGCUUUUCUUUCCAAAUUGCCACCAAUGGUUAGAAAACAUUACAUACACCUCCACAUUUAAAUCACAGACAUAUAAAACCCUGCAUACUGCAGAAAAGGAAUGAGCCAAGGCAACAUAAUUGCUACUGAAGAACCUGAGAACAGAGGAAUGAGACCCCAAACCAACCAAG